CCGCCUGUAGCUGUCCACGCACUCUCCAGCCUGUGAUCAGUCAGUGGGUCACUAGCAUAGCUCUGUCUUCUCCGCUCUUUGCUUACUAACUACCAUCCACCAUGAGGGAAAUCGUGCACAUCCAGGCCGGCCAGUGUGGGAAUCAGAUUGGUGCAAAGUUCUGGGAGGUGAUCAGCGAUGAGCACGGCAUCGAUCCAACAGGAACCUACCACGGAGACAGCGACUUGCAGCUGGACAGGAUCAGUGUGUAUUACAAUGAGGCCACUGGUGGAAAAUACGUGCCCAGAGCCAUCCUAGUCGACCUGGAACCUGGCACCAUGGACUCAGUCCGGUCCGGACCCUUUGGACAAAUCUUCAGACCUGACAACUUUGUCUUUGGUCAAAGUGGAGCAGGAAACAACUGGGCCAAAGGUCACUACACAGAGGGGGCAGAGCUGGUGGAUUCGGUCCUGGAUGUGGUGAGAAAAGAGGCCGAGAGCUGCGAGUGUCUGCAGGGAUUCCAGCUCACACACUCCCUGGGAGGAGGAACCGGUUCAGGCAUGGGCACCCUGCUCAUCAGCAAGAUCAGAGAGGAAUACCCCGACCGCAUCAUGAACACCUUCAGUGUGGUGCCCUCUCCUAAGGUAUCAGACACGGUUGUCGAGCCGUACAACGCCACACUGUCAGUCCACCAGCUGGUAGAAAACACAGACGAGACCUACUGCAUCGACAACGAAGCACUUUAUGACAUCUGCUUCCGCACUCUCAAACUCACCACGCCCACAUACGGCGACCUCAACCACCUGGUUUCAGCCACCAUGAGCGGCGUGACCACUUGCCUGCGUUUCCCCGGCCAGCUUAACGCUGAUCUGAGGAAGCUGGCGGUCAACAUGGUUCCUUUCCCACGUCUCCACUUCUUCAUGCCGGGCUUUGCCCCUCUGACAAGCAGGGGGAGUCAGCAGUACCGCGCCCUGACGGUGCCUGAGCUCACCCAGCAGGUAUUUGAUGCCAAAAACAUGAUGGCAGCUUGUGACCCUCGCCACGGGCGCUACCUGACGGUAGCUGCUGUGUUCCGUGGACGCAUGUCGAUGAAGGAGGUGGACGAGCAGAUGCUGAAUGUCCAAAACAAGAACAGCAGCUAUUUUGUGGAGUGGAUCCCCAACAACGUGAAAACGGCCGUCUGCGACAUCCCGCCGCGUGGCCUCAAGAUGGCUGUCACCUUCAUCGGCAACAGCACGGCCAUUCAGGAGCUGUUCAAACGCAUCUCCGAGCAGUUCACCGCCAUGUUCCGCCGCAAGGCCUUCCUCCACUGGUACACCGGAGAGGGCAUGGACGAGAUGGAGUUCACUGAGGCCGAGAGCAACAUGAACGACCUGGUGUCCGAGUACCAGCAGUACCAGGACGCCACGGCUGAGGAGGAGGGAGAGUUUGAGGAAGAAGUGGAAGAAGAUGCCUGAAGAAAACAAAAAUACAAACAAAAAUGAUUCAACAGUUUAAAAAAAAAUCUCAUAAAAAAAAAAUAAAGAAAGAAACAUAUUGUGGUCAGGAAUGAAAGAACGUAGUAGACCAGAAAAAGAAGGCUGGAUGAAGAAGCGUGAGGGUCUGAAGUGGUGAAUUCAGGGAUAGAAACGAUGGGAAGAAGUGAGCAGGAAGGAGGAAGGUUGGCAGAGAAAGAGAAGCAGGAUGAGAAAUGGGAAACGACGUGACCGAAUUCAUGUGCCAUGGUUUACAGUCUAUUGUGACGCCAUGCAGGCCAGUUUUAACAAGACGGCCUCCCAGAAUCACUACCAGAUUAUCUUGUUGCUAAAUUAAAGGCACUCCUUCAGCUUCACUUUCAUCACGUACGAUUGACUUUCACUGCCUCCUGCAAAGCAAAAAGAAGUACUGUGAAAUACCAACAAAGUAAUCAAACUAUUUAGCAGAUCCCAAUCAGAAUCAGAAUUCCUUUAUUUAUCCCUGAAGGGAAAUUCUUUAAAUGUUAGAUGUUUUGCUAAAUAGUUAGAUAACUGAUUUAGAAAGUAAUCUUGCACUUAGAUUCACUCACACUCCAUGCAAACAAGCUUAGGAAUUUUUUUGCCGAAUAUUGAUAUGACGUUACCUCUUCCAUAACAGUAUUUUACAUUCACCGACAGUAUUUGAAAAGAUGAAAACAUAUCUCACUUAGCUGAAGUCACCAGUCAGUUAAAACUUGACCAAACAAAUCUUCAUAAUCAGGCCAUAGUUUUUUCAUUUGGACUGUGACUCAACCGUGAUGGAGUUAUGAAGACAGAUGUGUUUCAGGAAGCUAACGUAACACAGCAGUUGUUUCAAAUGCUGUGUUUUGAGUUCUUAGCCAGAACAAAGUGUGGUUCAUAUAAUGCCUGACACACAAAGUUAAUGAAAUGAGAUGCAUUUUCAGUUUUAAGGCAGGAUUUUUCUCACACGCCAGCCAACGUCGUGAGGAGGGUCACAUACUGUGGAGGUUCAGGUCGGGUCAUGGAUGACAUGUCAGCCAUGGAUCUCAUCAUGAUGAGAAGCAUCUGUGCUUUUGUUGCAUUCUAACCAUGUCAGUCUUUUAGACUGACAUUAUGAGCACAAUUAACAAAACAUAAAUGUAUUUGGAUUCAAGUAAGCAAAACAGCAGCAGUGUACCUCCAAAGGUUUUUCCAUCAUAAAAUAAAACAAAGCUGUAUAUUAAACCUCAGCUUUGAGCAGGACAAAAUAUUAAUAUCAUGAAAAAUUCAUUUUAUUUCAUCAUUUCUCACUCUUGGUGUCCAGAAAUGUUCACACCAACAGCUCAGCUUCUGACGUUGGUGUGUAUUUCAUAUCACAACACACAUUUUAUUACUGAGGCUUCUUGAAACACAUUUCAAACAUAAAAUGUCUGUGCUUGUACAUGUCAACUAAAAAGCCACAUUACAUUGUUUCACUAUGUAAAAUGUUUUGUCCAAGUGCACAAUUUGACAUUCUGGUUAAUGUUUCCACUCUGAGUCACUACAGUAUGAAUCAAAGCAAACAGAAGUCAUUUGUGUUCAGUGUGUGAUCUUCAGCCAUGCUGUCUUCAUGUCUGUGCAUGUGUGUUUACUGCUUACUGUUGGUCUGAACCUUUUUUUAAUCCCUGUGGAACAGUUUGACUCGGGAUCCCAGAGAUUGUGCAACAUUUGUCAGAAAUAAAAAGGCAUUUGUAGUUAAAAAA